CCGCAAUAAUCUAGUGGAAAAAAGAACCUUUGUUAUUGGAACGGUAUCUACUCUUAAUGAAAUGGGAGAGCCCAGCAAAAAAUUACAUAUCCAAAGAGGUAUGUAAAAGGGUAAAAUUUCAGAUUUAAUUUAGGAUCUAACUACUCGAGCUGGUACAGUAUACUCUAUUUAGGACAUCUAAUGGCUACAUCACAUAACCAAGAACGUAACAAUUUACUGGAUAAAUGGAAAGGUUAUUUUCUGCUUUUAUGCACACUAACUCUGUUACUCAGCAGUACUUGGAUGGUUUACUGGCCGUUAAGAAUGGCUAAACUAGGCCUACCAAAACCAAAAAAACAACGGUUGUUUUCGAAUGGGUCAGAUGUCUAUGAAGACAUGGAUACGUAUUUACGUUUUGUUUUAAAUAAGGCUAUAAAUAAUGAAAAGGUUACAAAUAUACGCAACUUUCUAAGGCGAAAUAAAAUGACUAGUGAUGUUCUUUUCCCGUCGCAUGAAUCAAGAAAAGCAUCACAGCAAAUUAAGUUACUCAACCGUUGUGCUGUUGUAGGAAGCUCUGGAAUACUGACAGGUAGUCAAUGCGGAAAAGAAAUAUCUGCACAUGAUUUCAUAAUGCGACUAAAUAUGGCAGAGACAGAGGGAUUCGAAAACGACGUCGGUGAUCGAACAAAUCUUAUGAGCUUGAAUACACCGAUAUGUGUUAUUUUGAACAAAUGUCUGCGUAAAAGUCGUGAUCCAUGUAAGCAAAAGUAUCGUCAUCAAAUUAAACAACUAAAAAACUCAAUAGUAGUGUUACCACGAUUUCCUGAGAUGGGAGAACCAUAUAAAAAGCAAGUAUCAGCGUUUAUAAAUACAGUAAGAAGGCAGAAUCUUCUUGACCUUAGAGUCCCAGCUAUGAAAACGACAGAAGUUGUUAAAAGAUUAUGGUCGGUGUCGAAAUUACCCACUGCUGGACUUCGUAUUUUAGCAUUUGCUUUUACAUUUUGUCGCAAAAUAUCAGUGUAUGGCGUCUACCCAUUCUCAGUAAGCCCGAGGGGAUUACCAAUUAAGUAUCAUUACUUUGACAAUGGAUUUACUAAGCAAAUUCACCACAACAUGACAGAAGAAUUUCAAAUCUUCAAAAGACUAAAUGAAAAUCAUUCAAUACGAUUAGUUACUGAAAACUGUCUACACACCGAUUUAUUAACUUAACUUAAAUAAUAUUAUUUCAAUUGUUAAAUUGUUGUAUAGUCCUACUAUAUAUAAAAAAUAAACUAAAUUAUUAUAUUGUAUCACACUAGUAUGGGAUCUUAUGUAUUUUACGUGGCCCUCUACCAAACUAUGUAUAUGGGAUUUUUAUUUGUUUAAUUUUUAUUAUAUUUUAUUUUUUUAUUUUCAUUUUACUUUACUUUUUUUGUUUCUUUGUAUUCAUACAAAUCAAAGAUAGUAAAUAGAAGAAGAUAGAGCAGUUCGCGAUAUAGUGAAACGUCGAUGAGGGCGUCCACGGAGCAAUUUCCUCCAUUCCUAUAUGUUUAUUAUCAACAGAUAAACCAGGGAACAGUUAAAUUAACUGUUCCCUGUAUAAACCCUAGGCACCGCUCGGGUUUGUUUGUUCCUUAGCUUCUCUACUUUGUCAAAUUGUCAAAAUUAUUUCCUCCAUUCUAGAGAGGGCGGACGUCCCAUCAAUGUUAAUGCAAAAUACGAGAAAAGUUAAUUCUUUUGCUAUUUAAACUCUUUGUACAAAUCUAAUUUUGACAGUGUACCAAGUUAAAUUGGGUCAAAUAGUGAUAAAUGUCGAAUUUACUAUUUCGCAUAAAUAACUAUCGGUAACCAUUAGGCAUAGGUAAUUUAUGAAUUUACUCUAAUAGAAAUACUGAAUCAAAAAUGACUAAAACUAUGAUUUCUACCUUUGACCA